AUGAUGUCGUCUCAACUUCACGAGGUGAUGGCUCCUCCGGGCGAUUUCCCGCAUCGGACGCCGAGGCCGUUACCCUUUGAACUCGCGCAACAUGCUGGGAUCUUUUUCGAGGAGAAACUCUAUACACGAGCUUUAGACCUUCUCUUCAAUACCCUCGCCUCGGGCACUUUUGCAUCCAGUGCAGUGAUUGUGCCUCUUCCUCAACAUCUUGGUCUGGCGGCCACGCUUCUUGUUCACCCUUCCACAACAACACGCGCCAAGUUGAACGAGGAGAAAGAGGCGCCGGACGUUGCGCUGCGGUUGCUGCGGCUUUACAGCGCUCAGAUCAAUCCCCUGAAGGCAAAAUAUGAUGUUGCGUUCAGCUUCACCCAUUCCAAUCUCUCCCGCUCGGGCCGCCGAUAUCAUGAAGAGCAUGGAGAGAAAAACGGAAGUGAGCUCAGCCAUUCUGAAAAGAGACCAUUGAAUCUGCCGCUAGGGACCACCGAAGCUGUGUGGUCUCGGGCGGAGGACUUCUGGCAUGUAGUCGGCUGGGCGUUCAAUUGCUCAGUGCUCCAUCCCGAACGAUGGGAAAGUUGGCAGAUAUGGAUGCGCUACAUGUGCGAAGUCAUUGAAGACGACUGGUGUCAGCGCGAAAAGGCGUACGAAGAGUCGCAGAAUCAGCCAGAGCGAGAAGUCGAGACCUCAGGCCUGGACGAGGCUGUCCGAAGGAGUGGGCGAGGCGCGCCGCAGAAGCCGGAUGGCCUGGACAUCUUCCGACAGAGUUUGAUAUUCCAGUACAUAUCCGUUGGCACGCGAAACGGACGCGCACGCCGAAUUAUGCGGGCUAUUUUUGCCGACGGGAGCACCGCUUCGAUAAAUGAGUUCCGACAAGUCUUUAGCAAAGAGCUUGUCUCGGCCAGGUUACAAGAUGAUACUGGCAAAUCAAAUAAGCGUGAGCGCGAGGUCGAUAUUGAUCAAGACCUCUACGGCGAUUAUAUGCCGGACGACUCCGAUGACGAACCCAUGUCUGGCACCGGUGCAUCUCCCCCGCGCGCCUCAUCACCGCUGGAUGAUGAAUCUCAGGUGCGACGAUCGAAACGCACCAGGCGAGGAACGCGAUUGGCAUCGGUUAAGACAGCUUCAGAAAUUCCCGAACCAGAAAGGUCUCCGGCCGGUCAACAACAUCAUUCUGUCGGCGGUGUCUCCCAAUUAGGUGGUCUCGGCUCUCUGGGCUUGCGCAAAAAAUUGCUCGGUAUUCUGUCAAGAGUCUCCGAUCGCCUGGGCAAGGAUUUUGUCGGGCUCGACGAGCUUUACCAACACUUUGCUGAAAACAUCCGUCGCCAGCCACUCCUUGUUUUCCAAGCUUUCGUCAGCCCACUUGUGCUCCCAGAGCUUGAUGACGAGGCGCAAAGCACCCUUUGUGAAUAUCUCGUCCACAGCAUGAUCGAAAGUGCCGCACGUGCGUCGCACGUAGACCGGCUGACGGAUCAGAAGCUGGAAGAAUGUUUUCUGCCCUUUGCCGCAGCUGCAGCGAGUGCCCUUGACAAUGCCAAAUUCUCCAUUCUUCUCGAAGCCCUGGUCACGUUACUGGCCAGCCGCGGCUUCAUCAAGCAAUCGCCCUCCCUUAAGAAAGCGGUCCAAACGGGGAUCGACCGUCGAGCGCAGCGGACCCAAGAGGAAUCGCAUCGAGGUCACGGUCGGAAGAACAAGGAUGUGCUCGACUGGUCCUGCCUGCUGGAGAGUGGCGAGAGGCUCAAUUUUUUAGUCGGUCUCCUCCCAGAGCAUUAG